AUGGCAGAGAUGGAAAAAGAGGGCAGACCUCCGGAAAAUAAAAGAAGCCGAAAACCAGCUCACCCGGUGAAAAGAGAGAUUAAUGAAGAGAUGAAGAGUUUUGCAGAGAACACCAUGAAUGAGCUCUUGGGGUGGUAUGGCUAUGACAAGGUGGAGCUGAGGGAUUCGGACAACCUGGAAAUAGGCGAAACGCAGCAGUACAUCUCUGUCCUUAAAGAGAACUUGUUGCCAAAAAUUCCAGCUUCAAGACAGAACAGUGAAGUGUCUCCAGAUGGAGCCAACAUCUCCCAGUCUCUGCCAAAUUCCAAAAAUGGGGUCUCAGACCACCCCACCACACCGUCCACCUCUACCAGCAGUACUAAGGAACAUGGCAACCAGCCCAUCACUGUUCCAGUGAUACCCCCGCCACUGAUCAAACCCUCAACAGAUGAAGAUGCAACCAGUGUACAGAUCAUGUGUGCCUGGUGCCAGAAGAUCGGUGUCAAACGUUACUCUUUGAGCAUGGGAAGUGAGCUGAAGAGUUUUUGCAGCGAGAAGUGCUUUGCUGCCUGCCGCAGAGCCUAUUUCAAGAGAAAUAAGCUGGGAUAUUUAAGGAGUUACACUGCGAGAGACGACGAUGGCCUCGGUGGGAAAUUACUCCAGCACAGCUUUACUCAGGACACGCCCAGGCUUGUCUUCAAGACAAACAGCGAUGUGCUUGUGUGUGACUGGUGCAAGCACAUCCGCCACACUAAGGAGUAUCUUGACUUUGGGGCUGGUGAACGACGGCUGCAGUUCUGCAGUGCCAAAUGCCUGAACCAAUAUAAGAUGGACAUUUUUUACAAGGAAACACAAGCAGCGCUGCCUGGAGCGCUCUGUAACCCAGGACAUGGGGUUGGAGGUGAGGGUAAGGCAGAGUGUAGUGGCGGUUUACAGUUGCUCACUCCUGAAUCCUGGGGAACACCUUUAUCGGACAUUCGCCGUAAAGCUCCCUCACCUGGAGGGCCCCCCAACUCUUCAGCUCCUUGCACUUCAUCUACCACCUCGUCCUCAGAUGCCCUUUGCUCUCCAUCCUCCUCUUCCUCCUCUGUCAAGAUCCCCACACCGCGACCCCAUGAAAGCCCUACACUCCCACCCCCUCCCAUACCUACUUUGCAUCCAGCAGUUGGGGUCCCACCAGGGAGUCCGCCAAUGGUGAUGACCCCCCGGGGGCCGCUGCCUUUACCUCUGUUUAUGGAACAUCAGAUGAUGCAGCAAAUCCGGCCACCGUUUCUUCGUCCAUCUGUCCAUCCGGGUGGACCCAAUAGUCCCAUGUCAAACCCCAUCAUCCCUGGAAUAGGCCCCCCACCUCCUCCCAGGACUAUUGGCCCUGCUUCUAGUCCCAUGCACAGACCCAUGAUGUCCCCUCAUGUCCAUCACUCAUCCAAUCCUAAUCCUGGUAUCAUCCCUCCCCACCCUGGUCUCCACAUCCCGGGAUUUACCCCUUUUCCCCCAGUCAACAUGAUGCCCAAUGGCCCUAUACCUUUACCACCAAUGAUGAAUUUUGGCAUGCCAUCCUUGGCCCCAUUAGUACCGCCACCAACCCUUUUGGUUCCGUACCCUAUCAUUGUACCCCUUCCAGUCCCGAUUCCCAUUCCAAUACCAAUCCCUUUCAACCCCAAAUCUUCUGGGAACCAACCAGAAAGCACUGACCCUCUCUCCGGUGGACAUUUGUCUUCAGAUGUUUCAGCAUCUGGGCUAUCUGACUCUCCAGGAUCUUCUGGAGGAGAGAGAGGAAAACAAAGAGGAGAUCCUGAUGGUGUAGAGUGUCUCUCGCCAGGAUGCACAGAUACAAACAGGUUGGCAGUAAUCAACAUGAAUGUGAAGAUAGAGGAUAAUAUAACAAAUUUAUCCCCAACUGGAGACAUUAGACAACUGGAAGGAGUAAUUGAUCUAACUGUAAACCAGAAACCGUGCCAACAGCACAUUAUUCAGAAGAUCCUCCCUAAGGUUCAAGUAAAAAAAGAGGCAGUGAUUGAGUCAAGAUCUUCAACGCUUGAAAUGGAAGUUAAUGGUUGUCAUGACAUUGAGGAAAGGGUCACAUUACCACAUACCCAAAUUAAUCCGGAGUUGUUUGUGGCUACCAGUUUAGAAAAAAUGGAAACAUCAAAUCCAGCGUCCAGCAAAAAAAGCUCUUCUUUCAUAGUUAAUAAUGAAAUAGACAUUUCCCAAUCACCCACUCACUGCACACCAAGGAGCCAACCUCAAUUUGUUUCACAGAUCCAAACUAAUCCUGCUGCCUCAUGUAAUGUCAUUGUGAAUGGUACAGGGUGGCAUUCUCGUCAUGUUCCUAAUUCUAAUGCGGACAGAAAUGGAGACUGCCUUACAUCUGAAGGGGAUGCAAAGGGGCACACAGCAAAUGGUGAGUUGGAACAGGAAGCCCUAAAAGAGAACAAUUGUUCCGUAAGAGAAUGGGAAAAUGUGAAGCGCACUGCAACACAAGAACAGAUGGUAGUGGGUGCAGAGGGUAAGCAUUGCCCUGACUCUAACUUGGAGGAGGCUGAACAUACUUACACCCUACCACUGCUAUCUACCGGUGGUUGUGUGGUAAUCCAGCCUGUGCCAAAACCUGGCACUGAAAAGGCAGCCAUCCUGUCCUGUUCCAUCAGUGCACCAUUAUCAGCCACUGGAAGCCCUGAGCUCGAGCCCCCAAUCAAGAGGAGGUGUCUGCGAAUCCGCAAUCAUAACAAAUGA